UCGCACUGUCCGAGCAUAAAGAGAAUAACGAGAAGAGAGAAGAGAAAGGUAAAGAACGUAUAAAUAACAGAAAUAUGCUAAAGUUGUACAGACGUCAGGCGAUAGAAAUCUGCAGCGUCUGCUUUGCUUGGCCAAAAAUAUUUAAGCGGCUAUAAAUGCUAAAUAACGGUAAUAAAACGCUUAAGCCCCCCAAGCGAGGACAUGGCAAACCAACACGAGAACAGUUCCCAUCUACGACCUCGGCUUUGCGGUUUUGCUUUUUCACAACGGAAAUAAUGCAAAAAUAGCUGAAGGCCAUGAGAGAGGAGAGGAACAAAGUGGAAGGCGGCCAAGUCCACCAAGUGCUCCCUAGAGAGUGCGAAAUAAGAGACUUUAAACUGGCGAACUGAAAACGGCCGCAAGGAAAAUGGAAAAUGGAAAAUGCUACUGCCACUCGUGUUGUUGUCACGGAGCCGUGGCGGAAGCGCAGCUUUUAAUGACUCAACCUCAACUCGUUAAAGCCAAAGGCAUUCGCAUAAUGAACUCAUUUGCGUAUAGCAUGGAUCCUAAUAGGGUCAACAAAGCUGAUGACUUGCCCGCAAACCCUAAAGACGUUUCAGCUAACAGUGACAAGUGGAAAUAUUCUAAGGGUAACUGGAUUUAAGUGUCGAGUUGUCGAUCCAUCAUUUUGUUAUUAUGAACGUUGUGAUAUAAAAGCAAUAAAUCGUAAUGUUAAAGAUUUUAACGUGGUGGUAAGAUUACUUCAGAAACCAGUUAAUAAUGUUACGGUUCGUCUAGAAAUAGUGCGACGUCUUGCAGCCUCCACUCAGCCAAUUUAUCAGUUCGAAAUUGAUGGAUGCCAAUUUAUGGUGAGCAAACGGCGCAAUCCUUUUGCCAAAGCGAUCUACAAGUACUUACGCAUCGAAUCGUUCUCCAAUUUGAAUCAUUCUUGUCCCUUUGAUCAUGACAUCAUAAUAAGUCAUCUGGAGUUACAGAAGGAGUUAGGUGCGGGAAUCAUGAUUGGAAAGGGUGAUUAUGUUAUCAAUGCAAAUUGGUUGGCCUACAAUGUCCUCCGCUUUAUUACAACUGCUACUCUUGAAGUUACUGAUUAAAAAUCCCAAUAAACAUUUUUUAAUUCAAACGAAAUAAUACAGAAAAUAAAUUCGAAUAAAUUCAAACA